AUGCCCAACUAUCCAUCGGCACCGCUGUCGGAUCCUGACUCAUGGAUUCGCUUGCUUUGGAUUGAGCCUGGGUCCGACGAUGAAACAAUCCGCUGCCACCUUCACCACUUCGAACUAAGUUCGUUGCCCCCAUUUGAGGCAUUAUCAUAUUGUUGGAAUGAGGAGACAUUUGGAGAGAGUACUGUGGAGACGGUUAAAAUAUUCUGCAAUCUAGAGCAAACCUCGGUCACAAAGAAUUUGUACCUGGCUUUGAAACGCCUGCGAUUUGAGAACGGCCGGUUGGUUUGGAUUGACCAGCUCUGCAUCAACCAGGAAGAUGAAGACGAGAAAGCAAGGCAAGUGGGAAUAAUGCGCAAAAUAUAUUCAAAAGCAUCAAGAGUAUGGGUUUGGAUUGGUCAGUUCGAAGAGAGGGAAAUUCAGAUCCAUCUUGAGUGCCUCUCUGAAGUCGUCCAUCAGAUACGGAAAAAAUGCUUCCACUUCUGGCAGAAUCCGGCCCACAUUUCCUUCGAACAGCUCAAGAAGCAGUGCCGCGCAGGUGCAAGAUCAAGAGAAGAUAAAGAACGGAGAAUGGGAAACUUUGACCUGACGUCAAGGAACGAAAGUGGCAAAACUGGUUUAGGAUAUCAGCUAUUGACAAUGAUAUAUGACAGGGAUUGGUUUGAAAGAAUUUGGGUUAUCCAAGAAGUUGCGGCAGCUGCAAGAGUUUCGGUCAUAUAUGGCGACUUUCACAUCAAUCCUACGGUACUUGCUUUCGUUGCCGAAUGGCUUUCCACGUUAGGCGACGACGCGAGACGUCGAGGCUACCUCGUACAAUCUUACGAAAGCACACGAAACUGCGCCUUCACCCUUGGGACAAUGUUCGGAUCUGCUAAUAAGGCCUUCUCUCUUUCAGACCUAAUGCUGCAAACAAGAGAUUUCAAAGCAACGGAUCCUCGAGACCGAGUGUAUGCUUUAAUUGGCCUCUGUAAAGAGAGUCGAUUGGGUAUCGACGCGUUCAGGAUUGACUACACUAGAGAUUGCAGAGAACUGUAUCGUGACGUUACGCGAGCCCUGAUCGUCGAAUCUCAAUCCCUAAACAUAUUGUCAGGAGCUCCCGGACUACUACCCGACCCCGUCGGAAGUGUUGCCUCGUGGGUCCAAGACUGGACUCAAACGUACCAUGAACUACCAGAGCCGUUUAUGGCGAGUAGCAUAGGCAAGACAUUUAAGGCGUCAGAUGAUACCCCGGUCCAACUACAAUGGACCGGGGACCUUAAUGUCUUGAGAGCCAAAGGAAUCAGAGUUGAUAUAGCCCAGAGAGCUUUCGACAUCAGCCUUUUCUCAGGGCAGCGACAACAACCAACCCUGAGAGAUCUGUGGCAAGAAAUCUCACAAGAGCUUGGCGGGAAAUUAGCACAAUACCCGACUGGAGAGACUUUAUGCGCCGCUUUCACAAAGACCCUGACGGCAAAUCAUAAUUAUAUGGGCGUACCGGCAGGUGAUGAUAAGAAUUUCGAGCUUGACGCUUCAAAUUUCUGGCUGUCUGCCAUUGGCGAAGAUUUGGUGGUACACGGCAAAGCCGGAAAGGUGGCCUGGCGUGAAUUCUUCAGGGGACCAAAAAUCCCAAACGAGUCUUUUAUUAAUGCUAUCAAUCGAGUCUGUCCUGGACGGCGAUUGCUCCUAACCCAGAAGGGGUAUCUAGGAUUAGGACAUACGUAUCUUCAGCAAGGAGACAUCAUUGUUGUUCUUUUCGGUGGCCCUACACCGUAUCUGCUAAGAGAGAAGCAAGGAGCCAACUCUUACACUGUUGUUGGAGAGUGUUAUAUUCACGGGUUAAUGGGUGGUGAGGCUGUAAGAUCGUGGAGGAGUGGUUUCUUUCAAGACAAAUAUUUUAACCUUACGUAA